AUGAUGCGAUGGAGAAACGACAUAACAGCUUGUAGCACGCAGGAACUUCACACAGUAUUAUUAGCUUUUAUAAAGAGAUAUGUAUUAGAAUCAUACAAGAUUGGUGCACCCAAUCUAGUAUUAUUAGCUUUUAUAAAGAGAUAUGUAUUAGAAUCAUACAAGAUUGGUGCACCCAAUCUAGUAUUAUUAGCUUUUAUAAAGAGAUAUGUAUUAGAAUCAUACAAGAUUGGUGCACCCAAUCUAGUAUUAUUAGCUUUUAUAAAGAGAUAUGUAUUAGAAUCAUACAAGAUUGGUGCACCCAAUCUAGUAUUAUUAGCUUUUAUAAAGAGAUAUGUAUUAGAAUCAUACAAGAUUGGUGCGACCAAUCCAGUAUUAUUAGCUUUUAAAAAUACAAUUUGUUAA